UUAACCAUUGCAGAAAUGUUUAUUGCAAUUUCAAGCGCUUUUACCCUACUCCUUGUGAGUUUUGCACAUGGCUCAGUGAUUCCUCUUGGAGUAGAGCCCCAAUUGGAACUAGAUGGACGCAUUGUGGGUGGCACUUUGGCUGCAAUUACAACAUUCCCGUGGCAAGUUUCAUUGCAAAAUUCGGGAAAACAUUUUUGCGGUGGUUCCAUCAUCAGUAAUACAAUCAUUGUUACUGCGGCUCAUUGCUUUAAGGAUAUCAAAUCGGCGUCCACUCUUCAAGUUCGUGCUGGUUCCAGUUAUCGUUCCUCAGGUGGUACCCUUUACUCGGUUGCGGCUUAUAAAAUUCACGAGGGAUACAAUGCCAGCACUUUUCUAAAUGACAUAGCAGUGCUGCGUUUGUCCAAGAAAUUAUCUCUGGGCACGACAAUGAAAGCAAUCGAAUUGGCCACCACAACUCCGCCACAUGGUGGAGCAGCAAGAUGUUCGGGCUAUGGUACAACAUCGUAUGAGGGAUAUCUUUCCAGCCAGUUGCGUUAUAUUGACACCAAUAUUGUGGGACGCUCACAAUGUGCCAGUUCUUCAUACGGCUAUGGCUCCAGAAUCAAAGAGACUAUGAUUUGCGCAGCAGCGGAUAAGAAAGACUCUUGUCAAGGCGACUCUGGUGGUCCUCUCGUCUUGAAUGGCCAACUGGUUGGUGUCGUCUCUUGGGGAACGGAAUGUGCAUUAGCCAACUAUCCGGGUGUUUAUGCCAAUGUGGCCGAACUUAGAGAUUGGAUAUUGGCAGCUCAAAAGACCGUUUAAUAUCUUUUAUUAUUGUUAUACAAUAAAACUGACUUUAGCAUUUAA